AUGCUUUUUUCUUUUUUACCUUUUCUUUCACCCCUUUCUUUUUCCUUUUCUUUCACCUCUUUCUUCUUACUUUUCACCACUUUCUUUUUUUACUUUUUCUUUUACCAUUUCUUUCACCUCAUUUUUUUUACCUUUUCUUUCACCUCUUUCUUCUUACUUUUCACCUCUUUCUUUUUUACUCUUUCUUUCACGUCUUUUUUACCUUUUCUUUCUUUUUACCUUUCUUUCACCGCUUUCUUUUUUACCUUUUCUUUUACUUCUUUCUUUUUUACCUUUUCUUUUACUUCUUUCUUUUUUACCUUUUCUUUCACCUCUUUCUUCUUACCUUUUCUUUUACCUCUUUCUUCUUACUUUUCACCUCAUUCUUUUUUUACCUUUUCUUUCACCUCUUUCUUUUUUACUUUUUCUUUUACCUUUUCUUUUACCUCUUUCUUUUUACCUUUUCUUUUACCUCUUUCUUUUUACCUUUUCUUUUUUCUCUUUUCAGUUCUUUUUGAUUCACCUUUUUACUUUUCACUGUCCUGUCAUGCUUUUUCUUCACUCUUUUCUUUUAACAUUUUCUUUCUUAUACUGUCGUUCAUUCAAUACAAAGCCCAAAAGCCACUCAAGGUAGAGACUUAG